GUAAUGCCAGGUUUGAAGUUCAAAACUGGACUCCUCUGAGACCAAAGUUGUUGUUUAUGAAAUGAUGUAUUAUCACCAGCAGAGGGCAGUAGGGCUUUUCUAUAAGACACAAUGGGAGCAGAGCAAGCCAGAACCGGUUCCACUCUAAGUGAAUAAAGUAAAGUAGACAAGGAUGGCGACAUUUGGGUGUGCAAACAUUACAGAGUGGACAUCAGCAGAGCGACAAAUUGACAAGAGAAGACAAGAGAUUUGAAAAAACGUAUUCAUCGUACCGAAGGAGUAUGGAACUGUCACUGGCCCACCCAGCCAUCAAAGCCUUCAUGUGUGGUUCCAUCAGUGGGACCUGCUCCACGCUGCUCUUCCAACCUCUGGACCUGGUCAAGACCCGUCUGCAGACUUUGCAGAGCAGCAUGCAGCCCGGCUCGGGCAGAGUGGGGAUGAUGACGGUGCUCAGGAGCGUGGUGCGGACAGAGAGGCUGCUGGGACUGUGGAAAGGAGUUUCGCCGUCCUUUGCCCGGACCAUCCCAGGAGUGGGGAUCUACUUCAGCACCUACUACUCUCUGAAGCAGCACUUCUUCCAGGACGGCAGCCCAGGGGCCAUGGAGGCCGUGCUGCUGGGAGGCGGGGCCCGGACGGUGGCAGGUGUCUUCAUGCUGCCGGUCACUGUCAUCAAGACGCGCUUUGAAUGUGGCAGGUACAGUUAUGGCAGUGUGACCGGCGCUCUGCGCAGCGUGUGUCGGACUGAAGGUCCUGCAGCUCUGUUCUCUGGACUGAUAGCCACUCUACUCAGAGAUGUUCCUUUCUCUGGUAUCUACGUCAUGUUCUACAGCCAGACCAAGGCCUCACUGCCAAAAGAAAUCAGCACAUCUUCUUCAGCCCCCCUGGCUAACUUCAGCUGUGGGAUCCUGGCGGGGAUAUUGGCCUCUCUGAUCACCCAACCCGCCGAUGUGGUCAAAACACACGUCCAAGUGAAUCCACAGCUGAGGACAGCCGAGGCUAUCAGAUACAUCUAUAUGGAACACAGACUUCAGGGGUUCUUCAGAGGGGCGGUUCUUCGGGCACUGAGGAGGACCAUGAUUGCAGCCAUGGCGUGGACAGUGUAUGAGCAGAUGAUGGCCCGUUUUGGACUGAAGUCCUGAAAGGGAAAAGUCAAUAAGAAGCUUGUGAGAGAAAGUAGAGCUAAAAGUCGAGUCACAGGGUGAAGACGGUAAUGUGAAAAGGAAGCUACUCAUAAGAGUUCAAGACUUUGAAUGAGUUAAAAUAUUGCAACAAAAAAUGCAGACUGGUGAAUGAAGACGGUCUACACUUGUUGUCUAAAUGACUAACAUGCACAUUACAGGAGAGAUGAGGAGACUUUGCUUCAUGAACUGUGCUUUGCUGGCUUAUGGUUGAAGUUCAGCAACCAUGUUUUUGGCCAGAGCUUUGUAACUCUGGGCAAAGUAUUUUAAAAUAACACAGGCAUGAUAUGAUAUGAUGGCCUGUAUUGCACAUCAAGUUGUAAAAAAUUCUGAUCUUCAGGAAGUAUUUGGGUGUUUCAGAAACGCCUUGGCGAGAAUUCCUGUGUCUCCUGUUUCACAGUUGUGAACUCUCUAAGACUGCAGUGACACAAUCCACAAUUACUCAAGACCGUGUCCCAGAUACAGCUCAGAGUUCUGCAAUGCACUUUAACCCCUGCAGUUAUGUCGCACGCACAGUUUAAGACCUGGAGAGGCUCUUGGAUGACUCUCUAAUAACACAAUAUUGUUUAUAUUCUUAAUUUUGUUAAACAAAAUAAUCUGCUUGUAGUAUGAACUAAGUGCAUUCAUCUGCCUGAAAAUGUUAUGAUAUUUGUCUGAAGUGUACUUUCAUGCAAAGAUGUUUAUCAUUUUUCUACAGUAUUAUGGAUGCUUAAGAAAAUAAAGCACUGUGCAAUAUAUCUAUUUUGAACACGAA